GAUCUUGAAUAUAUAGAGAAUGGAUAUUGUCAAGAACUUCAGAAUAUUAAAUACUCUGAAACUGGUCAUGUGGUUCCAGAAUUUCAUGAUGGUUGCAAAGGUCUUGGAAAAGUUGGAUACAAGAAUGAUCAUAAGUAUCUUUCGGAUUAUUAA